AUGGUCGUCCCAGCUAUAAGAGUCGCUCCGUCGGCGGCAACUAGGGCGUUGAACCUGCUCCGGACCGUCCAGUACACCCACCCUCCCAGCUGUCCAUGCCACUCGAACCCGUCGCAUCACCAUCACCACCAGCCGAGCCAGAUCUCUGCGGUGGCCAAACAUGUACGCAACUUUGCUUCACCAAUUGACGCCUCGCAGCAAAAGGAGUACGCCUUCGAAGUGGCUGCCUCUAGUAUACGGUUUGGCCCUGGAGCCACGAGAGAAGUUGGGAUGGACUUCAAGAACCUGGGUGCAAAGAGAGUGUGCGUCGUCACGGAUAAGAAUGUGGCCAAGCUGAAUGCCAUGAAGCAGGCUGUCGAGGGCCUCAGCAAGGAGGGAAUCGAAUUCACCGUCUACGAUCAAGUCAGAGUCGAACCGAAGGAUUACUCGAUUAAAGAUGCGAUUGCGUUUGCUAAGCCGUAUAAUCCGGAUGCAUUUCUUGCUGUUGGCGGGGGAUCGGUCAUCGAUACCUGUAAACUGAUGAACCUUUACUGCGUCUAUCCGGAGGCUGGCUUCCUUGACUUUGUCAAUGCGCCACUGGGCAAAGGCUUGCCUAUCGCCAGAACUCUCAGGCCGCUCAUCGCCAUCCCAACCACCGCGGGCACUGGAGCAGAAACCACUGGGACGGCGAUUUUCGAUCUGACCGACAAGAAGGCCAAAACCGGAGUAGCACACCGGAACAUGAAGCCGACGCUGGGCAUCUGUGACCCUCUCAACACUCGAACUAUGCCGCCGGCUGUCCAUGCUUCCUCCGGGCUGGAUGUGCUCUGCCACUCGCUCGAAUCCUGGACGGCGAUUCCCUACAACGAGCGCACUCCCAGGCCUACCAACCCCAUAAACCGGCCUGCGUAUCAGGGUGCCAACCCAAUCUCAGACAUAUUCUCCCUCCAGUCCCUCCGGAGCACGGUCAAGUAUCUCCCACGCGCUGUAAGGGACCCAGAAGACCACGAAGCCCAGAGUCAGAUGCUCCUUGCCGCUACUCUGGCUGGUGUAGGCUUUGGCAACGCCGGCGUUCACCUAUGUCACGGCAUGAGUUACCCUGUAUCAGGCCAGAACCCAGGCUACAAGCACAAGGGUUACGAAGUAGACCACGACAUAAUUCCUCACGGAGUAUCCGUCGCCGUCACUGCUCCAGCCGUCUUCCGCUUCACGGCCGCCAGCAACCCAGACCGUCACCUGGCGGCCGCAGAGGUCUUCGGAGUAGAUAUAUCCAACGUCAAGCGAGAGAGCGCCGGAGAGGUCUUGAGUGAAGCCAUUGCCGAGUUUCUAAUCGGUUUGGGUGACCAGCCAAGGGGUCUGAAGGCUCUAGGAUUCGAUAACUCGCAUCUCGACAUGUUGAUUGAAGGCACCAUUCCACAGCAGAGAGUGCUCAACUUGGCUCCCAAUCUUAGCAAAGAGCUCGGGCAGGAACGAGAGCAGUUACGGAAAUUGUUUGAAUUGUCCAUGGAGUACUAG